AUGUUUGGCGCGCGCGGUCACACUGAUCACUAACGCUAGUCUCAUUUUGGUUUUUUUUUUAAACAAAUGCAUUUGUUUUUUUAUUUUCGACUUAUGUGCAGCUAUUCAAGUGCCCAAACGUGCGACCGACUGUGUAAAAUGGUGUGAGCAGGAAAAUUCGUGAAAAUUCGCAAUGUGCGGUUAAAACAACACAGCAUCCAAAAAUCAAAAUAUAAUAUAUAUAUAAAAUUAUCAAGCGGAACGCAAUACACACAUACAUACACACACGUUUCCAUGCAUCAACAAAAGGAGUUAAAACAACAGCAACAACAUGGAGAGAGUUCAGCGAUUGGCGGCGCGCUGCCAACUUGCGCGAGCUGCCUCUGCCCGCUGCUCGCUCACAAGCACAACGAUGAGCGGAUAGUGAUGGCACUUGGCCAGCAAUGGCAUUGCGAUUGCUUUCGAUGUUCCGUCUGCGAUAAUCAUCUGCACAAUUGGUAUUUUGAGCGGGAGAAUUUGCUCUAUUGUCGGGAGGAUUACUAUGCACGAUUCGGGGAUGCCUGUCAACAAUGUAUGGCGGUUAUAACGGGUCCGGUGAUGGUCGCUGGUGAGCAUAAAUUUCAUCCGGAAUGUUUCUGUUGUGCCGCCUGUGGCUCGUUUAUUGGCGAAGGUGAAUCCUAUGCUUUGGUCGAACGCUCCAAUCUGUACUGUGGACAAUGCUAUGGCAAAAGCUUACCCAUCGAUGCCCGACCAAGGAUCACCAAAGCCGGCAAACCGAUGCACUCGAUCCGUCUCGUCGAGAUUCCCAAGGAUGCGACGCCCGGACUGCGUGUGGAUGGCGGCGCCUUAGACGACGGUUGUCCCACUGUGCGGAUAACCGAUUUAAUUUGUAAAUUUUAUGGUCGCAUGGGCAAGUACGCCUUCUCCCUGCUUACCUCGGUGGCGGAUCGAUGUUGUGCUUCAUAUAGGAUCGAUGUGAAUCUGACGAAUCUGCACAUUGGCGAUCGCAUCCUGGAGGUGAAUGGCACGCCGGUGAGCAAUUCCUCCGUGGAGCAGAUUGACAAGCUGAUACGCAGCAACGAGAAGAUGUUGCAACUGACGGUGGAACAUGAUCCGGUGCAAGUUUGUCGCAGUUGCAGUCAGGCGGACAUACAACGUGCCAGCUCUGCAUCCACAUUGAUAUUACCACUGAGUACAUCCGCCUCCAGCGUUGAGGUGGGCGGACGUGGACGAGAACGGCUCUAUAAAGCCGCUGCCGUUGGAGAGCAGAGCGGCAAAGCGCGUAAAAUGCGGCAACAAACUGUGCAGCUACAACAACAACAACAGCAACAACAAUCACAACCACAGCAGUUGCAAUCACAAUCACAAUCACCAUCACAUCCACAACAACUGAAGGAGAAGGAACGCUGCUCGAGUCUCUCAAAGCUGCUGGAUGAACGGCAUACGGCCCAACAGCAUUCAGCACAUCCUCAGCUCUAUGAAUUGUCACGCACACAAAGCUAUCGGGUUGUCCAGAAACCGCAAAGGAUCUUUCGUGCCUCCGAUUUGGUCAUGGGCGAAAAACUGGGCGAGGGCUUCUUUGGCAAGGUGUACAAGGUAACACACAAGGUAACCGGUGAACUGAUGGUACUCAAGGAGCUGCAUCGAGCCGAUGAGGAAGCUCAACGUAAUUUCAUCAAAGAGGUCGCCGUGUUGCGACUACUCGAUCAUCGACAUGUGCUCAAAUUCAUUGGGGUCCUGUACAAGGAUAAGAAACUGCACAUGGUUACGGAAUAUGUGGCUGGCGGUUGCCUCAAGGAACUGAUCCAUGAUCCGAGCCAAACAUUGAGUUGGCCACAACGCGUCUGUCUGGCCAGAGACAUUGCCUGUGGCAUGAGUUAUCUGCACUCGAUGAAUAUCAUUCAUCGUGAUCUCAACUCCAUGAAUUGUUUGGUGCGCGAAGAUCAUUCGGUUAUUGUGGCGGAUUUCGGUUUGGCACGAAGUGUGGAUGCACCACGUCUGCCGGGUGCCAGUGCCAAUGCAAGUCCAGCUGCAGGAUCUUCAUCAUCUUCAGCUCCUUUAGAUAGCAAUGCCAUGUCUCCGAGCAACACUUUGAGGCGCAGCAAGAGUCGUCAGCGCAGGCAGCGUUACACUGUGGUGGGCAAUCCCUAUUGGAUGGCGCCCGAAAUGAUGAAGGGCCUCAAGUACGACGAGAAAGUCGAUGUCUUCUCCUUUGGCAUUAUGCUAUGCGAGAUCAUUGGACGCGUUGAGGCCGAUCCGGAUUAUAUGCCCCGCAACUCGGACUUCAGUCUGAAUCAGCAGGAGUUCCGGGAGAAAUUCUGUGCCCACUGUCCGGAGGCCUUUGUCAAGGUGGCGUUUGUAUGCUGCGAUUUGAAUCCGGAUAUGCGUCCAUGCUUCGAAACGUUGCACGUUUGGCUGGAGCAGCUGCGUCAGCAUCUGGAUGCACAACAACAGCCACCAGCGAGACUGCUGCAUGAAAUUGAGAACUUUCACGAUAGCUAUAACAGUUCGGAGGAUGCACUCUCACCGACAUCACAGCGCAGUCUGGACAAUCUCACGGCAGCGCUAAAUCUCAAGGAGCAGGAGCAGCAGCAGCAGCAGCAGCAGCUGGAGACCAACGAGGAGAAGGAGAAUGUGGAGCAAGUGGAGCAGGUGGUAAUGCGGGCACAGGACAUACCAAAAUCACCGCAUUUGGGCAAGGACUUUUCACCGAGCGGUGAACGCUUGAGGGACAGCAUGCGAGCGCGUCGACGUCAACGUUUUCUGGGCGCCCAGCAGGCGCAGCUGCGUGGUCUGACGCCGGAGACCACGUCCACGGAGAGGGCUUUGAAACAGGCCCUGAAGAAAUGCCGUCCAUUUGGCGAGAAAGGUUACCUGGUAGAUUUGCGUCCAGGCGCUGAACUCCAACUGAAUGAUGUGCGGGAUUUGAAUAAUUAUUCCGAUGUCGACUCCAGUUGUGAUACGAGUUUGAACUAUCAUGAAGUAAAUAAUGGCACGCCUCCUCCACCUCCGCCGCCGCCCACGCCACCCCCCUUGCCGCCCAAUCAGCCAAAAAAACAUGUGUCAGCUUUUGAGGAUAUGCGCACACGUCUGCGUCAAUGUCGCAGCAAAUUCGAGCAUCUCGAGGAGGCGAAUCGUCGCAAUUUCCAUCAAUCGCAGCACUCGAUGCGUAACUUUUUCAAAACGCCACCGGUGGCCUUGAAAAUGUUUCAACGUCUCGAGCAUGAGGCGACUUUAAAUGGCGGCAGUGCCGCACCACGUCGCACCACACAACGCAUCAAUCAAACGCCCAUCUUUGGACGACGUCAGUUGCCGGCUACGUUGCCACAAUUGCAACAGGCUGAAUCCUUGGAGCAUUUGGCACUGCCAAUGGAGUCCAAACAACAAAUGCCGGCCACAAAACGAAGCAAAGCGACAGCGACAGCCACAACACUCACCUGCACCGCCGAGUUGCAUGUGCCACCAAAGCCAGCAGCAACAGUUGCAGCUGCAACAGCAACAGCAACAACAACAACAGCAGCAGCAACUUUAUCAACAACAGUGGGUGGUAGCUCGGAUUAUCUGCCCAAAAAGCACAAAUUGACACUACCACUGUCGAAUCGUCCGCCCAGCCAAAGUCAGAGUCGUCUGCAAGGUGGCAGCCACAAGACGAAGCCACUGAAACCACCAAACACCACUGGCAACAACAGCAACAGCAGCAACAACAGCAACUGUGUGUCACCUACAAGAAUUAGGCCCGGUUCACCCAGCAAACAUUUGGCUCAGAGGCAUACGGCAGCUACAGCACAACGUCAGAAUAACAAUGUGUCCUCUGCCUAUCAGCAACAGCAACAAUCGGCGCAGUCGACGAAGAGCUCUCGGCUCAGCAUCCUCAGUCCGGAGAAGGUGCAUCGUUUGGGCGCGCGUCUCAGCGAUCAGAAGCAGAAGCUGCGUGACGAGGCAGCGGCAGCGGCAGCGACGUUGAAUCCCAAUCCCAACAGCAAUGGACAUGGAACGGGACAUACGGGACAUAGACGUGGGGGAACGGGGGCAACGGCGGGGAGUACGGCAGCUGGGGAAAGAAGAAGACGAGCGCCACCGCCGCCGCCAGUGCGAACGCACUUCAACACACGUUGUUAACUGUUAUACACACUCCAAUACACAACGGCGACUGUUAUACACACUCCAAUACACGCACGACAACUCAAAUUAUCAUAACUGUUAUACAAGCUCAAUGCACUGUCACCGGAAUGUUAUACACUUCAACACAUCAUUAACAUAACUGUUAUACAAGAGUCAACAAUUUGUGGCCAUAGCUGUUAUACGCGUUCUGUUCACCGAGGCGACUGUUAUACACGGCAUCAACUAAAAUUAUCAUAACUGUUAUUUGCCAGACUGUUAUACACGUCAACAACGCAAUACAUUCGUGUUAUAUGUAAAACAGUCAAUAAUUCAUAGCCAAAGCUGUUAUACAUGGCAUCAGCUAAAAUUUGCCAUAAGUGUUAUACACCGCACUGUUCUACACGUCAACAACUGAUAAACUGAACUGUUAUACAAAAUUCAAGAAUUCAUGGCCAUAGCUGUUAUAGACGCGCUGUACACCACGGCGACUGUUAUACACGGCAUUAACUCACUUUACCACAACUGUUAUACAUGUGAGUAAUUCAUUAAAAAACCCGUUAAACACGCUCCUGACGUCACAGCAACUGUUAUACACGAAAUCAACUCAUUGCAAUAACUGUUAUACACCAUAACAAACUGUUAUACACGCCGCAUUCCAGAGUCCGCCAAGAAAAAAUACACACAUUCCGUCAUGCAUUAAAAGGAUUACGAAAAAGCCGAAGAAAAACGAAACAAAUCAACGAAGUCGACGACAAAUCAGAAAACAAAAAACGAAGCGAAGCGAACAGCGCAGCCGGCAGCGGCAGCGCAGCGACGGCAGUUGACAAAUAACUGUUCGAGUGUAGAAGUAGAAGAACAAAAAGCACAAGAAAGUAAACGAAUGAAAGAGAGAGGAAGAAAGAGGGAUAAAACGAUGUAGUAGAGUAAACACGCUUGCGCUGUGACCAGUGUUAGAAAGAGAUAAAAGCUGUAACGAAACUUUCCCUAACCUAACAAAAAAAAAAGAAAAUAUCAGAAAACAAAAUUGAAGCUUUAAUAACAUAAAAAGAACCUAAAACUGGUCACAGUGCGGCAGAUAACAGAUAAGACAGUAAUGCUCAAUUUUAACCACUGUUAUACAGCUAAUUUGUUUAAAUAAUCCAUUUUACUUUUAUUUGAUAUAUAUAAAUGUACUAAAUAUUAAAACUUGUAGUAUAUAAACGACACCAAGGUUAAGUGCCUGUAAUAUAAAGUUGCAAUAUUUACAAAAUUGUAUAAAAUAUAUAAAUGAUAUAAUAACUAUGUUUAGCCACUAAGUUGACAGGGUAUUGCUUAAUAUAACAGUUGUCGCUUCAAGUAACGAACAAAACUCAACUAACACUUAAGCAAAAACUCAAAAUGAGAUGACAAGAAAACAAAUUACGAAUAUUUAGUUACGAAAGACAAAAAUGAAAGAAAGGAUGGAAGAAAGAGAUGAAUAUAGUAAACCUUGUGCCAUGCCCACCAUACGCAGUUAAAUGCGAGCGAAAGAGACGACGAUAGAUACAACAAAAAACAAAAAAAGUGUUAGAUUUCAAAAUAAUAACGAUGC